AUGCAGAGUCUAAUCGACGGUGAGCUACCAAAGGUGAAGUGUGCCUUGUUUUGCGUCGAUUCGAUCGGGCAACGACAAGAGAAUUUGUGGACAACGAAGCAAUGGAAAGAAGCCGGAUACAGACAUCGAACGUUAUAUAGUCGGAAUCCGGGUGCACACACGAUUCACGAAAUCAGAAAACUUGAUUGCAAAUGGUUGGACAAAGAUCGGGUGAUCCAAUUCGCGAGCUUUGUCACCGAGACUUUCAUCUCGGCGAGCAGAUCGAGUCCCGCAUCGACAAGGCUAAGAAAUUUUGCGGAUGAAAAAGGUCCAUCAAGAACACUUUCUUGGAGGGGACCAGAGAGAAGACGAUGUUCGUCUUCGGAAACCGAGCAUCGUUCCUCUCGAUCGCUCACCAUACCAAAAAUUGAGCUU